GGGGUUCUACUAAAAGAUGUGGUGCCUUUCCACGUUUUUGACGACUUUUGUCUUGAAGGAAGGUGCAGGACAGAAGGGCAUGGAUUCAAUCUGUCAAACCUUGCACACCAAGGCCACCUUGCCGUUUGGUUCAAGUGAAAGAAAGGAACUAGCUUGGAAGCCAGCCUGCUCAAGGAAGUGGGAUGGGCACAUCAUGUUCUUCUGGCAUACGCAAAGCCAUCAUGGGCGGCGGUUCACACAAGGUCUGCGUUUGCGGCGGUGCUGGUGGGAUUGGGCAGCCGCUGUGCUUGUUGAUGGCCAUGGAUCCCAACGUCAAAGAACUGGCCAUUUUUGAUCUCAAUGUCGCGAUGGUGCCUCCAGACGGAGUCGCUGCUGACCUGGGUCACAUCGAGAGUAAGGUCAAGGUGACUGGACAUUCUUUGAAUGUCGGGAAUGCUCCCAAAGACCACUUAACCGAGUGUCUAUCAGGCUGUAGUUUAGUUCUUGUUGCUGCCGGAAUGCCGCGCAAGCCUGGGAUGACAAGGGAUCAUCUCUUCAAAGUGAAUGCAGACAUUGCCAAGGGCAUUGUCGAAGCUUCCGCGAAGUUUUGUCCUCAGGCUGUUGUCGCAUUGAUUGUGAACCCGAUAAAUUCAAUCGUGCCUGCAAUGGCUGAGCUUUACAAGAAAUCCGGACUUGACCCGUUGAAGAUAGUGGGAGUCACAACACUGGACUGCGUUAGGGCCAACAAAUUUGUGGCUGAUGCUGUUGGUUGUCAUCCUAGUAGUGUGGAAGUUCCGGUUAUUGGAGGCCAUUCUGGAGUCACCAUCAUGCCGGUUUUUUCACAGGAUCCAAUGGCAACAAAGAUCAAGCAAUCGACACUGGAAGCAUUGGACAAGAAAACUCAGGAUGCUGGCACAGACGUUGUAAAUGCAAAGAAUGGUAAAGGCUCUGCGACGUUGUCAAUGGCCUAUGCAGCAGCGCGCUUAGGGAAAGCCAUCCUUGCUGGAAUGUCAGGCACGUAUUCCACGGAGUGUGCCUAUGUCAAGUCCGAUGUCACCGAGCUCCCCUAUUUCAGUUCUCGUGUUGUCUUUGGGAGGGGUGGUGUCAAACAAGUCCUGGAUAUUGGACUUCUCAACGAAUAUGAAGAGACACGGCUUGAGGAAGUUAUCGUUCAGCUGAAAUCUGAAAUUCAGACUGGUCUCAAAUAUGCAGAGCAGCGGACUCUCGGCAGGUGAGCUAGCCAAGCCGUGACCUAAGCCGAGAGUCCUUCCAAAGGAGCUUUGGCGGUUUCACAGUUUCACCGAGUCUUUCACAAAUCGUUGAACAAUUAUUGGACUGCCGCGCCGCCAUAUUUAAAGGACUUCACACCCUGUAACUUGAUUUUGACAAGUUCUCUUUUGCC